CGAGAGGUUAUAUCUACUUCACUGAACUUCAGACUGGCUUUACACAAUCACGACUCAAAGAACAUCGAAAAUGGGCCUCUGUAUGAAUUUAUUAACGCUUUUUUUCACGGUUGUUACGUUGCCCCUUCAGCUAAUGGAGGCACUGGGCGUGUACGGCAUCUAUAAGCGCAUUUUCCCAAUUAUCCUUAACAAGAUAACAUUGAAUUACAACAAGGUAAUGCAUGAUAAGAAAAAGGACCUUUUCAGCACACUUAUGGAGUUCAAACUCGAGCGUCCACUUCGUAUUUUGGAGAUCGGCUGCGGCUGCGGAGCAAAUUUCCAGUUCUACCCCCCCGCGUGCAAUGUGAUUUGCACAGACCCCAACCCUCACUUCCAAAAAUAUUUGGACAAAAGUAUGGAAGAAAACGAUCACCUGACAUUUGAUAGGUUUGUCGUGGCUUCUGGUGAAGAUAUGGGGGUGGUUGAAGACGGAUCUGUGGACGUGGUUGUCUGCACACUCGUACUCUGCUCCGUUAACAACGUACCACGCACUCUCCAAGAGGUGUAUCGCAUAUUGAGGCCUGGUGGUGCUCUGUACUUCCUAGAGCAUGUCAUCUCAGACCCCUCUUCCUGGACAUACUUCUUCCAGCAUGUGUUGCAACCCAUGUGGUACUACUUUGGAGAUGGAUGUGAACUUACAAGAGCUACAUGGAAGGAUCUGGAGACUGCUGGCUUCUCUGAGCUCAAAUUGAGGCACAUUGAAGCUCCAGUGGUAUUUUUGAUCAAACCACAUAUUAUGGGCUAUGUUGUGAAAUAGGCCUACUUUGUCUUUGUAGACUUACAAGUAACACAUUCAGUCCUUAAGUAUUGGCACAGUGACACAAUUGUAGUUGUUUGGCCCAUAAUAGCUUUUCCCCAGAUGUCGACCCCAGCACUUGGCAGAAUUAUUGCACUUGGCAGAAUUAUAUUAGUACCUGCACCUACUAUAUUAAAGUAUUUUAAGUUG